AAGGAACGCAAAAUUUGCACGUGCAUUUUAUCGUUGAUCUCGACACGAUUUAGGUAAUUUUGGUCGAAUUAAUUGCAAAUUUUCGUGUAAAUGUGUGAAGAAAUACGCUAAAUUUGUAGUAUCUUUUACUUGACUACUUCGUUCAUCAUCUCAAUCAAAGAUGGUCGUAUUCACUUGUCACCAUUGUGGCGAUUCGAUUCAGAAACCCAAAGUUGAGAAACACAUCAACUUUGAAUGUAAAAAAAAGUUCUUAAAUCCUCGAUUGUGCUGUAUAGAUUGCCUGAAAGAUUUUGAUCAAGAAUCGUUCGUUGAGCAUACGAAAUGUGUCACCGAAGAAGAGAGAUAUUCGGGUAAAGGUUUUGUUCCUAAAGCAUCAUCUAACAAAAAUGAAAAAAAGCAACAAUCUUGGACUGAUAUUAUACACAUAGUUCUGAAAAAUUCCAAGUUGAACGACUCGCAUCGCAAACUUCUCAAAGCUUUAUCCAGCUAUCCGAAUGUUCCUCGUAAACAAAAAAAAUUCCAAAACUUCGUCGUUAGUUCAUUGAAGCAUCUCAGAGCACCUUAUAACAUCAUCGAGGAAGUUUUCAAAUUAAUUGACGAUGAAUUCAAAUCAGUCAAAGCUGUUGAAUCCCCAAAUAAGCAAGUUUCAAAACCCGACUCCGUUAAUUCGGCGCAAACUGACAAAUCCGUUAAAGAAGAGAAACCCAAAGACGUGCAAUCUAGUGAAAAAUCUCCCGAAAAGAAAGAUAAAUUGAAAGACAUCGAGAACACUGAAAUUCUCGAAGAAUCUUCUACGCAAAAUGGUAAUUUAGACGAAAGUGUUGCUUUUGAAGUUGUCAAGAAGAAAAAGAAGAAGAAGAAAGACAACGAUGAAAACGAAGUCGUCGUAAAAACUGAAAUCGAGAAACCUGAAAAUGCGCAACCGAAUAAAAACUUGAAACGGCCGAUGGAAGAUAGUAUUGAAGAAGACAUUCCUAUGAAAGGUGUUUCGAAGAAGAAAUCUAAAAAAUUAAAGUUACAAGAAGAAGUUCAAGAAAAUCCACCCAGCGAAGAGUCUAAUGAUUCCAACGUAGCCGAAACGAGUGAAGCUGCUUCACAACCAACGUUGAACGAAAAUACACCUUCGAAUGAUGUCGAAUCUUCGGAAAACCUUUCUAAAAAAGAAAGAAAGAAAAAGAAGAAAAAUGCUGUUCUAAACGGUUCCGCUGAAGCCGAGACAAUUGAAGCAGUUUCGGAAUCGACGCUUCCGGAAGAAAACCAAUCAUUAAAUGAUGUCGAAUCCUCGGAAAAUCUUUCCAAAAAGGAACGCAAGAAGAAGAAGAAAGAAAUGGCUUUGAAUGGUUCUAUUGAACCAGAAUCUAAUGAAACUGAGUCUCAGUUAGCCACUCCAGAAGCAAAAUCGUCAGAUAACGUAGCACCAGCAGAAGAAAAUCUUAGUAAAAAAGAACUCAAAGAGAGAAAAAAAAGAGCCAAGUAUGAAGCUGAAUUGAAAGCCAUUGAAACCGAAGCUGUGCAACCUGAACCCAUCGCUGAUAAUCAAGAAAAUAAGACUGAUGAGAAUCAAAAACGCAAAAAGAAAAGAAAACUGAACGAAAACACCGAAAACGAAGAAGUUGCGAAUAAAAAAACUAAACUCGUUGAAAGCGAAGCUCCUAAGGAAGAAAACGCUGAAUUAUCGAUGAAAAAAUUCAGUUGGGAAGAAGUGAUUCGUACUGUGUUGGAGAAAGCCGACGGAAAUGAAUUAUCGAUGAAAAAACUUAAGAAAAAAGUCGUGGCAGAGUACCAAUCUUGUCAUUCCGAAGAAACCUCCUACGAAGAUGUGGAAAAAAAAUUCAGUAAAAAAGUCACAAAAUUACCGUUUGUAAAAAUUUUAAAAGAUAAGGUGAAACUUUCGGUUUGAAGAGUUACAUCGUACUUGUUAAUUAGAUUUUUUGUUUUUUUUUUUACGAUUGAUUGAAAUAAAAAUUUGCGAAUUUA